AUGCAGUUUGUCGUGCGCAGCUCUCAGGGCGAAGGAAGUGAGUUGUUUCGCGAUGCGUUAUCGAUUCGAAUGCGUGUCUUUGUGCAGGAGCAGGGAGUACCGGUCUCCAUAGAAAAGGACAAGCACGACGCGCACGCUGUGCACUUUGUCCUCUACGAUGAGGGAGAUCCAAUGCGGCAGCGAAAGCAACGUUGCCCAGCCGCCGCGGCGCGACUUCGUGUUGUGAAACACUGCGGCGUUCAUGCAUACGACGCGCCCGUGGCCAAGGUCGAGCGUGUGUGCGUACUGAAGCCGUACAGGGGCAAAAAGUGUGGCGUUCUCGUUAUGCAGGCGGUGGAGAGGUACGCGAGGGAGAAGAUGGGAGUAUCGGCGCUCGUCCUCCACUCGCAGGCGCCGGUGAGGGAAUUCUACAAAAAACUUGGGUACCACGAGACAUCGGAGGAAUUUAUGGAGGCCAACAUAUCGCACCUCACAAUGUCGAAGAUGUAG